AUGGAGAAGACGUACUCCCUGACGGCGCACUACGACGAGUUCCAGGCGGUGAAGUACGGCGGGCGGUACAGCAGCGGCACCCUGAGCAACGGGCUGACCCUGCAGCUGGGGGCGGACGGGGCGUCGGGGCGGGGCCGCGGGGGCGGGCGGGGCAAGGACCCGGGGGCCGGGGCCGGGGGCCGCUGGAGCCGGCGGGAGGUGUGUCUGCUGUCGGGCCUGGUGUUCGCGGCGGGCGUGUGCGUGAUCCUGGGCAGCAUGCUGACGCUGAAGUACCUCUCCCUGGAGCAGGAGGGGCACUGCCGCGAGGACUGCCAGCGCAAGAAGGCCCUGCUCAAGGCGUCGCGCUUCAUCUCGGCCAACAUCGACGCCACCUUCGACCCCUGCGAGGACUUCUACUCCUUCGCCUGCGGGGGCUGGCUGCGGCGGCACGGCAUCCCCGAGGACAAGCUGAGCUACGGCAUCAUCACGGGCAUCGGCGAGCAGAACGAGGACAAGCUCCGCCGCCUGCUGCUCCAGCCCGUGCGCCGGCGCCAGCCCGAGUCGGCCGAGCGCAAGGUGAAGGAGUUCUACCGCUCCUGCAUGGACCAGGCCGAGAUCGACCGGCUGGGCUCCGCGCCCAUGACCCGGGUCAUCGAGAGCUGCGGCGGCUGGGACCUGGCCGAGGCGCCCCCCGGAGGCGCCGGCUGGGAGAGCAGCGGCGCCCCCCAGCGCCCCGACUUCAACGAGCUGCUGUACCGGACGCAGGGCGUGUACAGCACCGCCGUCUUCUUCUCCCUCACCGUCAACGUGGACGACAAGAACUCCUCCCGCAACGCCAUCCGGAUCGAUCAGGAGGGUCUGACAUUGCCCGAGAGGACUCUUUACCUGGGACAGGAUGAAGACAGCGUGAAGAUCCUGGCUGCGUACAAGGCCCUGAUGGAGAGACUGCUGAGCAUGCUGGGAGCUCACAAUGCCACUCAGAAAUCCCGUGAGAUCCUGCAGCUGGAGACUCAGCUGGCCAAUAUAACCGCGUCAGAGUUCGAUGAGCAGAGGAAAGACAUCAGCACCAUGUACAACCGCAUCACCCUACGCCAGCUGCAGCGUAUCGCUCCCAGCCUCCAUUGGAAGCGUCUGUUGGACAGAAUCUUCCAUGACAACCUCUCGGAGAACGAGGAGAUUGUGGUCCUUGCCACAGACUAUCUGCAGAAGGUCUCAGACAUCAUCAAAACCACCUCAAAAAGGGUCCUUCAUAACUACAUGCUGUGGCGCAUCGUGGCGGCUCUGAGCGAGCACCUGUCCACCGCCUUCCGCAGCACCAUCCACGAGUUCUCGCGCGAGAUCGACGGCACGGAGCGGCAGCUGGAGCCGGGCCGCCUCUGCCUCACCCAGGCCAACAAGCACUUCGGCAUGGCCCUGGGGGCCCUCUUCGUCCAGGAGCACUUCUCCUCCCAGAGCAGGGCCAAGGUACAGGAGCUGGUAGAGGACAUAAAGCACUCCCUGGAUGUGCGACUCCAGGAGCUGGACUGGAUGGAUGCAGAAACCAAGGAGGCAGCGAGGGCAAAGCUGCAGUACAUGAUGGUGAUGAUGGGAUACCCAGACUUCCUGUUGAAGCCAGAACUCAUUGACCAGGAGUAUGGGUUUGACGUGAAUGAGAAGACCUAUUUCAAAAACAUCUUGAACAGCAUCAAAUUCAACAUCAAGCUUUCGGUGAAAAAAAUCCACGAGGAGGUGGACAAGACAGUGUGGCUGCUGCCCCCACAGGCUCUGAAUGCCUAUUACCUUCCCAACAAGAACCAAAUGGUUUUCCCGGCCGGAAUUCUGCAGCCAACACUCUAUGACCCUGAGUUUCCACAGUCUCUCAACUACGGAGGCAUAGGAGCCAUCAUUGGACAUGAGCUGACACACGGAUACGAUGACUGGGGGGGGCAGUACGACCGCCUCGGCAACCUGAAGCAGUGGUGGACAGAGGACUCCUUCCGGAAGUUUCAGAAGAGAGCCGAGUGCAUCAUAAAGCUGUAUGACAACUUCACCGUCUACAACCUGAAGGUGAAUGGGCGUCUGACUCUGGGGGAGAACAUCGCUGACAUGGGCGGCCUGAAACUAUCCUUCUACGCUUAUCAGAAGUGGGUCAGGGACCAUGGUCCGGAGCGCCCCCUGCCUGGGCUGAAAUACACCCACGAGCAGCUCUUCUUCAUUGCCUUCGCACAGAACUGGUGCAUGAAGAGGAGGUCCCAGUCCAUCUAUCUGCAGCUGCUGACAGACAAGCAUGCGCCUGAGCACUACAGGGUCAUUGGGAGUGUGUCGCAGUUUGACGAGUUUGGCCGUGUGUUCCACUGUCCGAGGGGCUCCCCCAUGCACCCCAUCGACAAGUGUUCUGUGUGGUGACCGGCCCCAGCUGCCCCAAACCUCAGCCCUUCCACCAGGACCAGCCCCGGUCACUCCUCCAUCCCGUCUCCUUUUGUUUUAUAACAUGCCUUAACUGGGAACUGUUUCUAACCGAGCCAUUAUAAAACUACGCAAAGCGGUAAAAACACACCGUUACUCUGCCACUAAUCCAUAAUCUACUCUUGCAUUAUCAUCGCAGCCAUUAGUUACAAUAUGUGCCAUUAUCAUUAUUACUGUGUAAGUGGGUUAUUAUCUGUAUUUUAUUUCUUGUAUCCAUCCUGUCAUGAUAGUGUAUCGCUGAAAAACAAUAGCUAUCAUGACAUUGUCAAUUUCAUUUUUGCUGUUUGAUGCAUUACCUGGCCUUCCAUAACUGGGAUGUAGGAGGUGGGUGUUCCACCUGGGACCAGCAGAACCAGAAGCGUGCCGGGAACUAAACCCGUCAGGACCCGGGCGAAGGAGUCCACUGUACCGAAUCCAGCACUGUUGGUUCCGAAUCCGUUGGUUACUGGAUGAUGAGUGUGGGGUUGGGCUGGACUGGGACCAGUGAACUGACCCUGAGUGGACUGAGUUCGGGGAGUUUGUUGCCACAGUGCCCUCCGGUGGCUCGGUCAGGAACAAGCGAAGAGUCGCUCAGCUCCGGAGGACCCGCGACGGAGACGGCGGAGCACGGAACGCGCGCCGCGUCUGUUUAUCGUGUGCUCGUCUGUGCCGUAGGAUUGCUGUUCUUCUCGGGAUUUCUGUGAAGUUUGAAGUCGCUGUGCAGGUGAUGUUUUUGUGUUUUCACUGACCCCAGGUGUCCUGUCGCUCGUCUUUGUUAAAGGCUAGUGCGUGGCCUAACCCAAACGUAUUCUAAGCCUCGCACAAUUUGUCAGCAGAACAUGGGUGUGUUUACAUUAUGUCGACAGCACUCACCUGUGCAGUGUGCAUGUGUGUGUGUGUGUGUGUGUGUGUGUGUGGCAGCGCAUACCAUUUUGUGGCUUGAACACUGAUCACAUGCUGUCGCAGAGCACUUAUCCUAAAGCCUACACUCACAACCUUCCCAGAGGAACAAUUCAUUGUUUCAUGCCUGCAGUGUGAACAUUUUGCUUCAUUUUACAAGAAACAUUCCAUUUAUUAAAAAAAUAUCUAUACGUAUAUUAUAUAAAAACAGUGUAUCCAAUGUGUUGUCUAACGUCAAGAGGACCAUACAUUUAUACACAGAAUAUUACAAAAAUAUUUAAUUUUAUAUAAAAAAAGAUACUCAUAGAAUGAUUCCUUUGUACAGAUAUAUACAUAUGCAGCAGAAAUAAGAUGAUUGUACAGUUGUUAUUAUGAAAAAGCAUGUUCUCUUCAUGUUUAGUACCAGCAUCCUUUUGCAGCUUCCGCUGCGAAGCUGCGCUCUCAUAUUUCCUGCAGUACUGUCGGCUGAAUAAAUGUGACAGUUCCAGGUAUGGAGUAUUCGGUGUUUGACUGGGGUGCCAUCGAAGGCAAAACCCUGCAGAAAGCAGAGAAAGGGUAUGGGUAUACAGACUUCUGUAUUGAAAAAGAAUGUUCUGGAUGUAAUUGACAGUACUAAACCAGCGAAUGACUGUUUUUUGAUACUCUUGGGGGGGGCCCAGCAGACUGAUACAUCCAUUCUGCUAAGGGACAACUGAGCCCAGCUCUAGCCUGGAUAUUUGUAUUUCUGCAUGUGAACACACUGUAGCAGAAUGAGUGUCAUUGUGCUGUGUUUUUGUACAAGAUAUUAAACUGUGACAUGCUAGCGUC